AAGUCUAAAAAUAAACUGCUCAUUGUCUGCCCCCAUGCCUUGACAUUCUUGACAUUCUUGACAGUCUUGAGUCUUGCCCUUCCCUUCCCGACGUCGUAUCUGCUUCUCCUUCAGGCAAUAAGUCCACCCGAGCGGGUUUGCGGGUUACAUCACUAACUUCCCUCUCUGUUGCAGAAUCGAAGGGUUUUUUUUGUUUUUUGAGUGAGAGAGGGAGUGGAGAACUCCGAACGACGAGCGGCGCGCGCGCCGCUUCACUUAGUUGACCCCGCGGGCAUGAAGAUCACUUCUUGGGAUGGGAUGGGUGGUUUGGACGUACACAGUACGCUUGGUGCUGGACUGGGAUGUUUACAGGGCGGCGGGCGAUCCAGGGGCUGGCUGUCUCUCAGCAACUGCAUGUGGCCUAUUAUGAUAUUGGAGACUUGGAUGGUUGACUGGCCGGUAAAUCGAACCCGACCGAGUCCUGAAUCAGCCAUCCUAUCCUAUCCAUUCUCAAGCCCAUCAUCAGAACGCCGAUGGAUUAGCCGUGUGUGGCUUGUCUAUGCCGAUAGGAGGGCGCAAGGGAAUUCUUGGUGGAUUGCGGGCGUGGGAUGGGUGCGUGGGGUUGCUUAGGAUGCGUGGGGGGAAUGGGGGGGGUGUGUGGGUUCUGGGCCGGCAUUCGUAUUGGUCGGGUGGAAUUUUCUUGGAAGUUGAGUUACUAUGUAAGUUACAGGGACUAGGACUAGUUCCAUCGCGUUUGGAAAUAGGCGAGGUUUUCUAAAAUUGUUUAAAAUGGAUGCGGGUUGGGUUGAUAUUAUCCCUGGUCAUUUGUUAUUAUUGUUCGGGCAAAGGGGUGAAUUGAUUGGGGUGUUCAAUGGGGGUGGUUUCUUUUUAUUUUUAUUUUUUAUAUUUUAUUUUUAUUUAUACUUUUGAUAUUCUUAAAGUAUAAAAAUUUCAGAAUGAAAAGGAGUCAUUGGCUGAAGAUCAAAUAAUA